GGUGCGGGGCCCGGAAGCAGGGAUGUGGGAGCCGAAAAGGGAAUGGCGGGUGGUGGGCUCCCGGCGGCUGCGGCUGCUGCUGCUGCUGCUGCUGGUGGCUGUGGCCCAGGCAGUGGCCCUUGCUCCGCGCCGCUUCACUCCGGACUGGGAGAGCCUGGACUCGCGGCCACUGCCAAGCUGGUUCGACGAGGCCAAGUUCGGGAUAUUUGUGCACUGGGGGGUGUUCUCGGUGCCCGCCUGGGGUAGCGAGUGGUUCUGGUGGCACUGGCAGGGCGAGCGGUUACCAGCCUACCAGCGCUUCAUGAAAGAAAACUACCCGCCCGGCUUCAGCUAUGCCGACUUCGCACCGCAGUUCACAGCGCGCUUCUUCCACCCGGACCAGUGGGCUGAUCUCUUCGAGGCUGCCGGGGCCAAGUAUGUUGUCCUGACCACAAAGCAUCAUGAAGGCUUCACAAACUGGCCAAGCUCUGUGUCCUGGAACUGGAACUCGAAGGACGUGGGCCCCCACCGUGAUUUGGUUGGUGAGUUGGGAGCAGCUGUGCGGAAGAGGAACAUACGCUACGGCCUCUACCACUCGCUCUUGGAGUGGUUCCAUCCACUCUACCUACUUGAUAAGAAAAAUGGUUUCAAAACACAGCAUUUCGUCAGUGCCAAGACAAUGCCGGAGCUGUACGACCUCGUUAACAGUUACAAGCCUGACCUGAUCUGGUCUGAUGGGGAGUGGGAGUGUCCUGAUACGUACUGGAACUCCACGGGUUUCCUCGCGUGGCUCUACAAUGACAGCCCUGUCAAGGAUGAGGUGGUAGUGAAUGACCGGUGGGGUCAGAACUGCUCCUGUCAUCAUGGAGGGUACUACAACUGUCAAGACAAAUACAAGCCACACAGCUUGCCAGACCACAAGUGGGAGAUGUGUACCAGCGUGGACAGGGCGUCCUGGGGCUAUCGAAGGGACAUGACCAUGUCAACCAUUGCCAGUGAAAAUGAAAUCAUCGAGGAAUUGGUUCAGACGGUGAGUUUGGGAGGCAACUAUCUUCUCAACAUUGGACCAACUAAAGAUGGCCUGAUCGUCCCCAUCUUCCAAGAACGGCUUCUCGCUGUUGGCAAGUGGCUGCAGAUCAACGGGGAGGCCAUCUAUGCCUCCAAACCCUGGAGGGUGCAGUCUGAAAAGAAUGAGACAGUUGUGUGGUACACCACUAAAGACUCGGCCGUUUAUGCCACUUUUCUACACUGGCCAGACAAUGGAAUGGUGAGCCUUAAAUCUCCCAGAUCGACCUCGGGCACGAAGGUAACAAUGCUAGGAAUGGAAGGAGAACUGAACUGGACCUGGGAUCCACUGCAUGGCAUGGUCAUCUCUCUGGACCCGAUUCCAUCUACCAUGUCCCACUCAGACUUUGCCUGGAUCCUAAAGCUGACAAAUGUGAACUGAUCGUAGGGGCUCAAGGACAGACCACCCAGUGAGCUGCCUUCUCUUACAGAACCAUCCACGCAAUAAAGUAGCUUCCCUUCCACCCAGUGUUCAGCCUUCCAACCCAUUCUAAUGGCCAGGAAGCUAGUACACUUUCAGAGGUACUGAGUUCAAUUCUCAUGAGGACUGGGUUAGGAUGAAUGAGCCAUUGCUAGCAUUUCUGGUGGGCAGAAAGACCUGGACAACUCAGCUGAGUCACCCAUGCCUUCACUAGGAUGAAAUUUCCCUCCGUUCUCUGAUGACCUACCUGAUAAUGAGCCAAGCCAUCCUUCUGCCUGUGGGAGCAAGUCAAAGGUCUGGUGAGCUCGGACCCUGGGCCUUAUGGGUUGUUACUAGUCCCGAAGAGACUGAAGAGACAGAACUGACCCUACGGGCUUGCCAGGCUGUUAGGCUCAAGUUGUCUGAGGUUCGCCAAGCAAGCCAAAAGCUGACACCAAGCAGAUCUUCAGAGAUACUGAUGCAAGAAUGUGAUUCUGCCUUGCCUUUAAAAAAAGAUGGAAGUGGACUGGAGAGAUGGCUCACUGGGUAAGAGCACCCACCGUCUGUUCUUCCAGAGGUCCUGAGUUCAAUUCUCAGCAACCACAUGGUGGCUCACAACCAUCUGUAAUGGGAUCCGAUGCCCUCUUCUGGUGUGUCUGAAGACAGCCACAGUGUACUCACAUAAAAUAAAUAAAUCUU